GAAACCGGUAAUUUGUUGAGUCGUGAUAAAUAAAUUCUUUGAAGAAACCUACAGGCUCCUAGACUUCCCCGAGGACGAGCGAAAGUUGCGCCGCGACCCUUCGGCUCUCUGAUCGUGCUUGAAUCUAGUGAUUAAAGUAUAUGGAAUGAUUUAAUAUAGCCCUAAGCUGCGGAGCUAAUCCCUUCGCGUGACAGGAGCAACCCGCCAGCCUGGCCACAGACCUUCAAUCGCCCCCUUUCUUGUCCUGAAUGCUUUUAUAAUGCAGUCAAUACCCAGAGCAGUCACUGGAUCCAUACAGUGGUCGACGGUCGGUGGUCCCUGCGCUUGAUUCAGAUGGGGAAUUGCGCCUCGUCCAGAGGGCACUCAGGCAUUCUCGACGUCAAUGUGAGCACUCAGCCUGACUGUGUCGAUGCCUUACCAGGGGACGCCACGCUCGACACAGACAAAAGCGUCGGGAAGUCGCUGUACACCACCGGCAAAGCCCAGCGCGCCUACUCACUGAAGCUCGAUAACAAACUAAAGCUAGCUGAGGCGCUGGUGGCCGGCGGUCUGGACCGUUCGGUCCGGGGUGGCGCGCUGGGCGAGCGCAGCAUCAAAGCUGAACGCAGCGUCCGUGGCGGCGGUGACAGGAGCGUGCGCGGCGGCAGCCUUGCAUACGGUGGCGGCGGGGGUGGCGGGGCUGCCGUAACAGGAGAGCGCAGCUCGCGUGGAAGCGGCGCUCUGUACGCUAGUAGUGCACAGGACCGCAGCCACCGGCCCGAUAGGAGCUUUCACAGGGGCAGCGCUUAUGCCAACACGCCGAACCAGCAGCAGCCGAAGGCAGCUGUGUCAUUAGCGGCUGCCGCCGCCGCUGGGCACGGUCUGGCGCCCGCAUUGAUGACCGUGAAUACUUAUGCUGAGCCUUUGCGGCCGAUGCCCUUUGACAGCAGCAGCACCUGUGAGGAUGCGUACGCUGGUGGCGUUGUUACAGACAGCGUUAGCAGGCCUGGCGCCGCGGUGGAACUGCAUCGCUUGCACCACUGCAACAGCAGAGAUGUGGGUGGCUCAGCUUCAUUGAUGGUCGGCCCAGGCUCCAGCACUGCACGUAUCUCUGGCGGCGGCGCCAACGCCAGCGGCGGCACACAUCUGGCGAAUGGCAAUGUCUCCCAAGGCCUAGGGCGGACUGGCAGCGGCGGCGUCAGCUACGGCCGGUGCGGGAGCCGUGACUUGGCGGAGGUUGACGCGCUCCUGGCGCUAAGCAAGCAGCUGUCCGCGAAGCUGCCGGCUUGCUCACCGUCGCGGCACCCAUCCCGACAACCCCCACAGCCGCAGCAGCAGCCACAUCAGCAGCAGUCGCGCAGCGCAUCAUCGGCCAGAGUCCUGCAGGUUAUUGCGGCAGAGCCUGACGCAGAUGGGGGUGGAGGUGGAGGUGCGGACACAGCGAGGCUGGAGGCCCGCGGCGGCGUAAACGACAUGGAUGGCGGCGGGUUCAGUCCACAGGCAUACAGGCGCCAGAAUCUCUCAAUGCCGGCCCUGGACGCUGGAACGGCCGGAGGGUGCCUUGUAAAUGACGUAGAGGACGUGGAGGACGUGGAGGAACACGAGCUGGCUGUUGAGGCUGUCGUUGCUGAACCAGGCAUCGCCAGCAGGCGGGGCGCGGCUCAGGCGGCGCCGCCUCGAAGCCACUCAACCGGCACCUUAGUUGCACAACAGCAGGCGCACCAGGCAGCCGGCACCUGGGGUGGCAGCCUGCUCUCGCCAGCAAUACCGCAUCCCGCCGCUACGCCGGUGAUAGCGUGCUCACAGGCCGGCUCGCCUACACCCGCAGCUGGCAGCCCCUUUAAUGGCGCAGCGUCAAUUGCCGCAGCUGCCAUGGGCUCCUACGCCUCAGGUCCGCUUGCCAGCAGCGUUGCGCGCAUGCAAGUGGGUGUCUCGCGUUCUUCCUCAGUCGGCGUGCAGGUCACGACGGGCUCGGCGGCGGCGCCACCUGCUGCGGCGGUGACCGCAAACGGCGGGCGGCGCUUCCUGGGCAAGGCCCGGCCCCAAGUGGACCUGGCGGCCCAGCCCAAGCGCCCCGCGCUCAAGGGCUCUCCGCUGUCCGGCGCCGCACACAGCCUGUUCAGGCCGCCGUCCUGCGCCCCCGACAUCUCCAUGACCGAGGUGCAGGCGCUGCCCGCAACAGCCCCAACGCCGCAGCAGCCCCAGCAGCCGCCCUCAGCUCGGCUCGGCGGCAUGCGGGUGGGGCUCCUGCAGGCAUCCUCGGGCGACAAGGCUGCCUUAGCGGCCGCGGCCGCGGCCGCAGGCGGCGUGCGCGCGGGCGAGGCGUUGUCGCUGCCGACACGCCUCUCUGACCUCAAGCUGCAAACCAGCCCGGGGAAUCUUGGGGACUAUGACGGGAGCCACGAGCUGCUGGGGACGAUUCAGCAGCCGGCGGCGGCGGCAGCGCUGUCGACGUCACUGGAUGGUGGCGCCAUUCAGUCGAGCAGCACCACUGGCGCCGGAGCGUCAACAGCAGCAGCAGCACCAGCACCAGCAGAAGGGAGGCAGCUGCAGCCGCCGGCAUUGGCAACGCGCCUGCGCGUGCAGACGCAGCAGGGGCGUGCUGCCGCUGGCCAACCCGCCUGCGAUGAGCUGCUGCCGGGGAGCCCUUCCGCUCGCGCGGCCGCCUGCGCGCAACAGCAGGAGCCACCGCAACAGCUGCCGCAGCACGUCAUCAGUCUAGGCCAGGUCACAGCAUCCAUGCUUGCCAGCCCAUCCAGCUCAGCAUUGACAGGCAGCUGCUGGCGAGAGGCGCUGUCAUCACCUCGUGCAUCACCGCGCGCAAGCGGCCGCGUGCACCCCGCACCGCCCCCCGCUGCCCUCGCGGCGGAUUCGUCAAGUCCCAUCAGCAGCCGCCGGCAGCAGGCCGGCAGCUUCCAACGUGCUAGCAGCACCUACCCCUGCAGCUCGCCCACUGACGCCGCGCCGCCGCCGGCAACCCGCCACCAGCAGCAGUCGCUGUACGACAGUACCGGUGCUGGGGCCACACUAACCGCACACGCCUUGGGCGCAUUCUCGCCCGUGCAAGGCGCUGUAGGUGCACAGGUUGGGGUCGGCGGCAGCCGCAUUGGAUCUCCACACGCGGCUCCAGGCGCAGGCGGUGGUGGAGGGACAGGACAGAAGCUGGUCGCAGAGCUGCGUGCCAUUAGCGGGCAACUGCCAUCAUCGGUGGAGGCUGCGGAGAAAGGCCCAUCAGCAGCAGGCGGUUUCCUGGACGACCUGCCGGGCGGCGUGCCUGAUGACGAGGAAUAGCAGGCAGGCCGUACACUGAUAUAUGUGUCAGACAGUGCGGCAUGACGGCACAACGAUAGAGUGUCACUGAAUGGCAUGCAUAGGUCUGAUUUGCGUUGCUGGGUGUUAACUUUCUAUUGACAUACUGGAAGUACGGUAAAGUGGGUCUUCUGGAGAUAUAUACGCAUAUACUGUGCGAAGUAAACGGCGCGUGAACGGUACUUGGGGCGCGACAAGCGGGGAGUGUAGACGGGCUCAUGUAGCUCAUGGCUUUCAUACUGUUGACGUGUUUAAAUAGGCUGCGUAAGCUUAUUCACGAUACUCAUAUCCUUGUCGCAUACUAAGCGCGUGUGCAAUGCGUGGGCAGCCUUCACGUAUGUGUAAUUCGUACGUCACUUACUUGCAGUGGAUGCAGGUGCGGGCCAGGAAGGAGGCAUGUAGGUAUCAAGAGAAAGCAUUGGCCGUUACACAUUACGGGCACGCGGGUGGCGCACGAACCUCUGCUUACUACAAAGAACACAUGUAGGAGUCUAUGCAAUAUGUUAUGCUUACCCGCGGUGUAGGGGCGCAACUAAUGCGCUUGACCGCUUAGGAUGGAUGCGGUCCGUGGGGUUGCAGGACCUCAGGCCAAGUGGAACUGUGUGUCUCGGUGGAAGGCGGUCGCUGAUAAUACACUCAUCAAUGGAGCGAGGUAUGCGGGCACUGAAAACUGUGCCGCUUUGGAUGCUCUGUUGUGAUGUCCUGUGCCGCGAUGCGUUUGCCUUCAGGCAGAGGUUGCGGUUCAGUGGUUGCGCGCUGUUGCACGCAUAUGCUUCGCAGACCUCCGCGUUAGGCCAGCCCCGGGUUAGGCCAGCCCGCGAGGUAUAAGGCGCAUGGCAGCAUUCAUAGCAUUCGUUCAAUGAAUAGCGCGCGAAAGGUACCUGGGGGCACACGUUGUUGUUACCUGAUCAGCGCAGUGUUUACUAUGCGGCUGCACACACUUGCCUGUCACCGUUCGGAAUUGCGCCCUGUACGGCUCAUGCGGAAACCCGGGGUCGAUGAUGAGGGUUUGAGGACCGUGUGCGCGGCGGAUAAUAAGGUCCCCGAGCCCAGGACACAACGAGCAACGAUGGCUUCACCCACGCACGCGCCAGUUCCUGUCAUGCGUACUGAAAUGUAGACCUAGCAAGUCCUUGUCGUAAUGUUGGGCCGGCAUGGUAAAAGGUCCCGUUGGAU